AUAAAAGGGUCCACACAGAGGCAAAAAGCUUCUCCAAAACUUUCUCUUCAUAGUUCACUUUCACUCCCUCACAUUAAAAUGCAUCUUAUCUUCAUACCAGUAAUAAAACCAUAGUAAAUAAAAGCCAAAACAGAAAGAAAAAAAAAGCCAUCUUUCUCUCUCUCUCUCUAUGGACUUCAAUCUGAAGCAAUGGAGAAACCAGCAACAUGAGUCAGAAGAACAAGAAACACCAACUUCUUCUGCAAAAAUACCAAGACUUCACCUUGACUUCGACUCUGCUUCUGAUUCUGCUCUUCCAUUGUUUGUAUCUGAACCAACUACUAAAUUGUCAGAUUCAACAACCACUACUCCUACCAAAUUUCCCAGGAUGGGGAGUAGUUACUUCAGUCUGGGCCAGUGGCAGGAGCUUGAACUGCAGGCUUUGAUAUAUAGACAUUUUAUAGCGGGUGCACCUGUUCCUCCUGAACUUCUACAUCUCGUUAAGAAAAGCAUUAUCACCUCAUAUUACUCCUCUCAUCCCAUGCAACAGUAUCCUCAUUACCAGCAAGCUUUGAUGCAAUCGGGUUACUGGGGAAGAGCAGCAAUGGAUCCAGAACCAGGGAGGUGUCGUAGAACUGACGGGAAGAAAUGGAGGUGUUCAAGGGAUGUAGUGGCUGGCCAGAAAUACUGCGAGCGUCACGUUCAUCGUGGCCGCAGCCGUUCAAGAAAGCCUGUGGAAAUUCCCACACCUGCCAUUAAUGGUGGUAAACUCAACACUAGUACUACUGUUUCUCAUCAAAACUUGGCAAAAAUGGCUGGCCAUUCUGCUGCUGCUGCUACUCAUUUUUCUCUAUCUGGACCUUCAUCUUCCAUUGAUACUCUUCAUCUCAAUCAAAGGCCAACAGAGUCCAAAAAGGGUCCACUAGAAGCCCAAAAAGAUAUAUCUGCUGAUGGCAAAUCCAGUGGCCAAAUCCUCCGGCAAUUUUUUGAUGAUUGGCCUAGCCAACUUCAAGAAGGUGACAAUGUUGGAAGUAACUCAAGAUCAGUAGUUUCUGCUACCAGCCUUUCCAUUUCAAUGCCCGGAAACCCCUCGUCCGACUUCUCGUUGAAGCUCUCAACCGGUGGAGAUGGCUAUAACUCUGAUGCUCAAGUAGGUAACGUUCAACGGUCUACAUGGCGAACCUCAAUGGGUGGUGGGCCACUAGCCGAGGCCUUAAGGUCAUCGACGACUAACUCCUCCCCGACCAGCGUUUUGUAUGAGUUGUCACGAGGUAGCACGUCGGAGGCCAGCUAUAUUAGCACUUGAUAUUCAAAGUGUCUUGUUGAUUUUUAGUGACAAAGGUGUUUCUUGGAAACUUUGUUGUUUUCUUCUUUUCCUUGAUCAUGGUGUUGUUUAUUAUUUUUUUUUUUUUUGCAUUUGAGGCUUCACUAACUAUCAGCUGUAAAAAUGUGCAUGGAAUGUGGUGUGUAUUAGUUUGAGUUUGGUGUGAUAUGAAUAUUUUGUUGACCAAAGUUAUACAUUUAGCUUUUGGUUAACUUUACCGUCAA